AUGGAAGAGUUCAGUGACGUCAUUGUGGAUGAGAUCACCACUGGAUUGCCACCAGCCAGAUCAACUGACCUUAAGUUGAAACUCAUUGAUGAGAACAAGAUCAUGCGUGGUUACCCUUAUCGCAAGUCACCCAAACAGCAAGAGGCAAUGGAUCAGAUAACCAAGCGACUGUAUGAGAGAGGUUCCAUCAUUCCAUCGACAGCAGCACAUGGAUGCACAGCCAAUGUCAUUUGGAAGAAAGAUGGACGACCAAGACUGAUCAUUGACUUCAGACCAGUAAACAACAACAUUGUCACAGCAACAGACAAUAUACCAAGAACAGACGACAUCAUCAAUCGAUUUCAAUCCAACAAGUGGUUCACAGAUGCAGAUAUGAUUGAUGGUUAUUGGCAAUGUCGUGUCUCACCAGAGAGUUCAAAGUACCUCAACUUCAGCGAUGGUCGUCGUAUGUGGUCCUGGGUUGUACUACCGCAAGGUCUCUCAUCGUCUCCUAGCGUAUUCAAUCAAGCGAUCGCAGCCAUCUUACAAGAAGACAAUGACAACUCACAGUUCAACUACUUUGACAACAUCAUCUACUUGAAGAAGUCCAAGACACAUUUGUUUGAGAACAAGAUCGAAGUGCUUGGAUACCAAGUACAGUGUGUCGCAUAA